GAAACAUGUUUUUUUCCACUAACAUUGUAUUUAUGUAGUUUUCAAUGUCACUGUUUGAUAAUUCCAGUUCUGGUGUUACCUGACUUAACCUUUUUCUUAUCAAUGAUUUGACAAAAACAUGUGAGACAAAAUCAAAAUUUCAAUUUACAAAUGCAUAUCUCAGCAUAUUAUGAAGUUCAUAACAAGCGACAUACUAUACUUAUGUGAUAGAUAAUGGUGCAUUUAUCAGAAUUAUUGCAUCAUGGUCUACUCAUGUAGUCACUUGGCUACUGCAGUGAAUUUUUCCAUUGAUACAGCACUGAGUUCCAAAGAACUCAUCUGUGCAGAUUGUGAUUGUAAUGAACCAAAUCUGUGGAUAUGUCUCCACAAAAACUGUCUCCAGAUAGGAUGUGGUGAGAAAGCUAAUGAUCACAGCACAAUUCAUAAUGCUAAAUAUCCAAGUCAUUGCGUUCAUAUGAACCUAUUGACCAGAAGGAUAUGGUGCUAUGAAUGUAAACGAGAAGUUUUCAUGGAUACAGUUUCUUACAAUGAUAGUGAUCAAGAAACUGAAACUUGUACAGCAAAAUCCCGAGAUUCUGGUCAUGGAAGUUAUUCAACAUUAAGGGCUAACACUCCUGAAAAAGGUAGUACAGGAGAUCGAAGUGUAGGUUUACCAGUGGGUUCAGGAGACAAUGCUUCAGACUCCAGUGAUACGGAAGAGGGGGGCGACUAUACCUCCGGAAGACCCAGAGGCCUCGUGGGACUUCAGAAUAUAGGCAAUACCUGUUACAUGAACGCCGCGUUACAAGCGCUCAGCAACACUGAACCUCUUACUAAGUUCUUCUUGGAAUGCGGAUAUUUGGUGCAAAUGCUUUCCGAUGGCAAAAAGCCUGGGUUGAGUAGGACCUUCCAGGUACUUAUCAGAGACAUUUGGAUGCGUAAAGGUACCCAGGGAUAUGUUUCUCCCGCAGGUAUUUUGUAUGGUAUUCGAAACGUACAUGCAACAUUCCGUGGGUAUCAACAACAUGAUACCCAAGAGUUCCUAAGAAAUUUCAUGGACCAGCUACAUGAAGAACUGAAACAGGUGGCACUGCCAGAAACUAACCAAGUAUUAGAUUCAGAUACGUUUAGCUUGGCUAUGGAAGAACCAGCUAUCAGUUCCAGUUACGAUUCCAGCGAGGGAGAGUAUGAAACGUGUGACUCGGGUGUAAGUGAGCGAUCUAGUCUGAGCGACGACACAGAACGUCCCCAAAGCAGUGCCAAACGAAGAAUGAGCAGAUGUGGAAGUCCCAACAGGAGGCAGAGACAAAGGGUACAAAGUGCGACUGUGAUAGAAACUCAACCCAGUUCAACUACGUCAUCGACGAAUACGUCAAACAAGAAGCAAAUUAAACACAGAUCAAUAAUAUCAGAUAUAUUUGACGGCAAAUUACUAUCGUCUGUACAGUGUUUAACUUGCGACAGGAUAUCGAGUAGAAUAGAAACCUUCCAGGACCUCUCCUUACCGAUCCCCUCCAGAGACCACUUGGUGGUGUUGCAUGGCAGGUCCGGUAUGUCCGCUCCAGGUGGCAGCGCGACGUGUUCGGACGCCGUCAUCCCUGUCCAAGAUGGCUGGAUAGCCUGGAUCCUCGCCUGGCUGAAGUCCUGGUUCUACGGGCCUAUUGUGACGCUGCACGACUGCCUAGCGGCUUUCUUUAGUACCGACGAGCUCAAAGGGGAUAACAUGUACAGCUGCGAGAAGUGCAAUAAGCUGAGGAACGGAGUCAAGUUUAGUAAAGUCCUACAAUUACCUGAAGUGUUGUGCAUCCACCUAAAACGAUUCCGGCAUGAGCUGAUGUUCAGCAGCAAAAUCUCCUCGGCCGUAAGCUUCCCUUUGAAGGGUUUGGACAUGCGGCCGUACCUCCACACAGACUGCGUCUCCAAGGUGUCCACCUACGAACUAUUCUCCGUCAUUUGUCAUCACGGUACUGCCGGAGGUGGACACUACACCUGCUUCGCGCUCAAUUCUGGUCAGUGGUACGAAUUCGACGAUCAGUACGUGACCAGGGUGUCGUCGGAAAAGGUUCAGACGUGCCAAGCGUAUGUGCUGUUCUACCAGAAAGUCAGUUCUGCGGCCGAGGUUGUCAGAAACAAAGCUGAAAAGAUUUUAGAAGAAUACGCAGACAGCCCGAAGAGGUCGUACAUAUCCAGGAGCUGGGUGAACAAGUUUUAUUACUGCGCAGAACCUGGGCCGAUAGACAACUCCGACUUCUUAUGUCAUCACGGUGCCGUUAACCCAGAUAGAGAUUUAGACUUAGAAAAGAUAACAAUGGUCAUUCCGUAUGAAGUUUACGACUUCCUGUAUAAAAAGUUUGGUGGCUGCCCUCCGUUCACCAACCUUGCUGUAUGUCCUGCGUGUUUGGGGUUGCACAAGAGACUGCUUUUUGAAAUGGAGACGUUCCUGCAAAUCAGCAGAGAAGCACAGAAUCAGGAUGCACCAAAUACGCACUUCCUGUCAGCAUCGUGGUUCAGCCAAUGGCACAAUUUCGUGCAGAAACGCAGCGUGGAUCCCCCAGGCCCCAUAGACAAUACUAAGAUAAAUUUGAACCAGCUGGAUUUAAAUGAAGCUGCAGAGGUUCCAGAGUCUGUUUGGAAUUUCUUUUACAACAUAUAUGGUGGUGGGCCGGAAAUUAAGAUAAGACACGCCCCAUCAAAAGAAGAAAGUGACGAAGAGAGCAUUCCAGAAUAUGAAGUAGAUAAAUACGGUUUUCGGAUACACAGGCAGAAGAAUGAACAUUCGGAUGUUAGUUCAGAACGAGAAGAAAAUGCAACAGAAAAAGACACAACGGAAGACGAGAAGCAAGACUCUCGAGACAAAAUAGAUACUGAGUGUGCAGAGACAAUAUCUGCAGAGGCAUCAACAGAUUUCAUCAUUCCAACAUUGAAAAAGAAACAACAAAGUGGUUCCUUAGAUAAGAGCAUGUACGACCAUGGGGAACCACUGGAAUCGCCUACAUUUCAAGACAACAGUGAUGCAGCCAGUAUGAAGGACGUCCAAAUGAAAAUGUUGACUAAGAAUGAGACUGAAGUGUUGGAAAAGCUGUCGAUCGAAGCUUCAAACACAUCAUUGGAGAACAUUGAUAACGAUAUCGACGAGGAAGAAGAAAAGCAAAUUAGGAACAAAGUCAAUAAGCGACGAGAGAGGAGAAAACAUAUGAUUAAGAAAAGCAAAUUAGGAACAAAGUCAAUAAGCGACGACAGAGGAGAAAACAUAUGAUUAGCACUUAAUCACCAGUGCAUAUUUCAGUUACAAUAAAAAGCAUUUCGUCAUGAUGUUCUGUUCAUACUAUUAUGGGUUAUGUGCAUUGAGAGGGUUAUUCUGAAUAAAUGUACCAAAAUAUCUGUAAGAUAAAUAUAUUGUACCAUUAUUUAUUUACUAAAAUAAACAAAUGAAAGAAG